AUGGCGUGUAUUUGCUCUUUUAUUUUGUUGCUGUAUUUCGCCUUUGCUGGGUCUCUUGCGACGACAUACGAAGACUUCAAAUACGGCAAAUUUCCUGAUGAUUUCCUGUGGGGAGCUGCCACAUCGGCAUAUCAAGUGGAGGGAGCUUGGAAUGAAGACGGAAAAGGACCAAGUAUUUAUGAUUUUUUGACCCACACCGUACCUAAUAAAUUCCGCAACAAAACGGGAGAUGUGGCGUGCGAUAGUUACCACAAGUACAAAGAGGAUGUAAACAUUUUGAAGAACUACGGAGCUAAAGCUUAUCGUUUUUCUAUCUCAUGGAGUCGUGUCCUCCCUCACGGAACAACAGAUCACGUGAACCAACUUGGCGUCGACUACUACAACAAUUUAAUCGACGAACUCAAGAAGAAUAAUAUCGAACCGCUCGUCACACUUUAUCAUUGGGAUCUACCAGACGUUUUCCGAUCGAUUGGUGGCUGGACCAAUCGAAGUAUGGUCGACUACUUCGAUAACUACGCUCAAUUCUGUUUCGACAAAUUCGGGAGUAAAGUGAAAUACUGGAUCACUCUGAACGAGCCGGCGAUCGUUAUGUUACGUCAUCCCUUUUACAUGUUUGGAUACAUAUCGAAUAAAACCAAGCUAUCGACUCUACGAUAUCGCACGGCUUACAACCAAAUACUUGGCCAUGCCAAAGCGUAUCAGACCUACAAGGAGAAUUUCUAUGAAAAGCAGGGUGGAUAUAUAAUGCUUGCUUUAAGCUCAGGGUGGGCUGUCCCAAAAACUGACUCGAUCCAGGACAUGGCCGCUGCAGACAGGUACAUGCAGUUUCAUCUUGGCAUCUUUGCGCAUCCUAUAUUUGUGAAUGGUGAUUACCCUGAUGUUGUUAAAAGCAUUGUGGGUAACCGUAGUGAGGCUGCUGGGAUUGCAAGCCGCCUGCCUAACUUCACUGAGGAAGAGAAAAUUAUGAUCAAAGGAAGUUACGAUUUGUUUGGCCUGAAUCAUUACUCCACCGACAAAGUGGCUGACAGACCCUCAGGAGACGAACAAUCGUUUAAUGCCGACGAGGCUUUCAAAAAGAGUGGCGACCCUGCGUGGCCAGAUUGGGUCAACGGUCACGUGGCUCCAUUUGGAUUCCGUAAGCUGUUGAAAUACAUAAAAGACAAUUACAACGACCCAACCGUUAUCGUAACGGAGAAUGGAGUUUCACCUCCUACAGAAGCGAGUAAAACAGGUGAAAAGAGGUUGGAUGACGCUUUCAGAGUGGACUACCAUAAGAGGUAAAUACCGUGUUUAUUUGAUUAAAAGCCACGGCUUUUAGUUGAAUACUAAUUGUUUCAGAUGCGGCGUUUAUUAAUAUUCAAGGCGCCGUUUAUUUCAAAAUCACAUUUCUUAAGUCACUGACAACAAUUACGAUAAUUCAAUUGUAAAUACAGUGAACUCUCGCCUUGCAGACACCCCGAUAAAACGGACAGUAGCUAAACCCCCGGCAAAAGCAAAUUAGAAACGUUUGACAGAAAUAAACGCCCCCUAUUACGGACUCCCGCUAAAAAGAACAGUAACUUGAGGUCCCUACAGUAUCCGUCAUAAAGGGAGUUGACUGUAUUAUGUAAAACAUAAAUAUGUUUUCAGUUCUUAUGUCUCACUUUUUGCUGAGAGAGAAUCGUAAUAAUUAUCUGAGUAGUAGUGUACACUACAAAGUUGCACCAUUUUUCUUAUUAUCCUCGAAUAAACGCCGCAUAAUUCUGCUAAUUGGGUGCGGCGUUUAUUCGAGAGCGGCUUCUAUUCGAUGGCGGGGUUUAAUGGAGUGAAAACGGUAAUUAACGUACAAAUAUACAAAUAAUUGUGUACCUGAAAGGUAAACGAGUGCUACCGUAAUGUUUCUCGCGUUCAGAUAGCGCGCGCAAUUAGAAUACUUAAUGUGUAGCUUUUGUGACGCAAUUUGUUCGCCAAGUCGUCAGAAGUUUUACUCGGGUUUAUGAGAACACUUUCUUCAAGAAUUAUUAUGGAAUGAUAGUUUAGUAAAACCACAGGCGUAGAAGACAAUGAAAAAAAAAAAACAAAAAACAAAAAAAAACACGAUUUUAAAAGAAUUUCGAAAGAAACACAUAUUACAUUCUUAGAGAGUUUUCGAGACUACGAAAGCUUCAGACAUAUAACGUAACAUCAUCGGCAGUGUGAAGAUAUCUUGGCUAAUAUAUAUGUCAGGAAAGAGAAAUUCAUCACAGACACGUUACAAGAGAGGAUUUCAAGCAACGAACUAAAUGCAACAGUUGGUGUAUGAAAGCAAUGCGUGUGCAAGUAAUAGUGGUAAAAAUCCGGUACUUUGUGGUUAAAAAUCCAGAUGCAUCGUGGGUAGGAAUCCGAAAUUUUUGUCCCUGUACAGAUUAGAUCUACUGCUUUGCUUGCUCGCUUCAGGCUCACUCGCGCGGCAGCAAUUAGGUUGAAUUAGGACAUUUAUCACGGAUUUUGUUACUUAGUCAAAAAGACAGGCUUCUUGACAGCUGUAACAGCUCCUCUUAGCGCCCCAUAGUUUAGGUAACAGCGGCUACUUCCGUUAGAGGAGAACUUGGUAAAAUCACAGCCUUUUAAAACACAUUGAAGUCAAUAGUUUUCCUUGAUCACGAUCAUGGGUGUUCUCAUCUAUUUAUUGCAUAUUUCUGGAUUUAUUGCAGAUAUACUAAUGAGAUGUUGAAAGCGAUCACCGAUGACGGCGUUAAAGUGAAAGGUUACAUGGCGUGGACGUUGAUGGAUAACUUCGAGUGGGGAUCUGCUUAUUCCACUCCGUACGGGAUACAUUUUGUCGACUUUGAAAACAACCCUAGCCUCACCCGUGUUCCCAAGAAGUCAGCCAAGUUCUUCAAGCAGCUAAUAGCAGACAAUGGGUUUCCUAAACCAGUUUUAAAGUCCAGAAGUUUGAAGAUGCUUACUAAUGAUGCUUUGCUUUUCACCUUUGCUGUCGCCUUGAUAUAUACCUGAAACCUUCUAACCAUAGGGUAUUGAUAGUAACUGGGAGGAGGAGUGGAGUAAGACUCCCCUGUGGAAAAGGUGAGGAUAACUCCUCUUCCCAUUUACGGGUCUUGUUUACCGGUGAUAAAUUGUAACUUUUUGCACUACUUGGCAUCAAUUAGCCCUAUUCACAUCGCUAAACGGUUAAACAACUCAAAGGCAAAGAGCAUUAACUGGAAGGGACCGCAAUCGAGUAUGCCGCAGAACUAUUAUCUGAAGUUGACCUGAAUCAGUUCAACACCUGAUCACCAGAAAUAUACCAUGUGGGC